AUGUGGAAUCAAAUUCGUUCGUUUCUUUUUUGGCUUCAUAAGCCUGAUCAUGUCGCACAAUUUCAACGUUAUUUUGGUAUAUUACCAACAUCAAUGUGUAAAUCUGAUCCUAUAUCAAAACAUAAUGAAAAUGAUUUAAAUAAAAAUCAAAAUAAUAAAAGUAUUAAUGAUGAUAAUAAAAAAUCUCAUAUUCCUAAUGGUUUAUUUCAUCCACAUCAUGAAAGAAAAGUAACUUAUGAUACAAAUGUAUUGGAUGAAUGUAUCGAAGAAAUAAAACAUAGUACAAAUCAAAAUACAAAUAAGAAAAAUAUUUCUUCAGAAAUUGAUUAUAAAGUAACAUCAUGGUUUUGGUAUUACUUCUUUCAAAUUGGUUCUGCACUUGGAAAUGAAAUUUUUUAUAUUUUAUUUUUUCCAACAUGGAUAUGGAAUGUUGAUGGUUGUGUAGCAAGAAAAGUUUCAAUACUUUGGGUAUAUUUUAUGUAUAUAGGACAAGCAACUAAAGAUAUUUUAGGUAUGCCAAGACCAUCAUCACCACCUGUUUUACAAUUAGAAAAACGUUAUAUUCGAGAAUAUGGUUUCCCUUCUACGCAUGCUAUGUUUGCAAUGGGUAUUCCACUAUCACUUGUACUUCUUUCACAUCAACGCUAUAGUUUUAAUAUUGAAAUUGGAUUAGCCUGUGCAACUAUUGUAUGUAUAUGGGUUUGUCUUAGUAGAAUUUAUCUUGGCAUGCAUACAUUUCUUGAUAUCAUAGGUGGUGUAGCAUAUGCCUUAUUAUUGAUCUAUAUAAUGUUUCCAUAUGUUAAUAUAAUUGAUAAUUUUCAAGUGAAUUUUACUUUAGCACCUUUACUUAAUUUUUGUUUGGGCAUAAUUUUAAUAAAAUGUUAUCCAAGUGUACAAGAAUGGUCAACAGCUCGAUCAGAUACAACUGUUAUAUUAGGUAGCACAUUUGGUUUAUUAUCAGCAACAACAAUAAUGCAAAAAUUUGGUCUUUUAGAAAGACCAUUGACACCUCCAGUUUAUUCCAUAAUUGCACCAAAUUUAGGUUAUUGUGUUUUACGUACAAUAAUUGGUUUAUUAAUUAUUUAUGCUACACGACAAAUAGUUAAAACAAUUGUUUUACGUCUAACAUCUCUUAUAUAUGGACUUGAUUGGAAAGAUCCGAAAAUAAAACGUUUUGCAAAAGUUGAAAUGCCCUAUUAUUACUUAACUUAUUUUGCAAUUGGAUUUAAUAUUGCUUUUACAUGUCCUUUAGCUUUUCGUGCAAUUGGAAUUAAUCGUGAUUAUAGUUAUACAGAAUUGUAA